AGUGGGUGUCUCUUUGAGAAGCCGAAAGAGAGAAGAAAGAGAGGUGUUUCCCUGGGUUCUGGAAACUCUAUAAAGAGAGAACCGGCUUCCUUCUCUUGAGCAGUCAGAAAUUGGGCCUCUGCACGACCGAGGAAGAGGAAAACCCUUGGCUGGAGGCUGGCCUGAGGCAUUGGAUGCCAUGCAGCAGCCCUUGAAUUAUCCAUACCCCCCAAUCUUCUGGGUGGACAGCAGUGCCCGCUCCCCCUGGGCCGCUCCAGGGUCUGUCUUCCCCUGUCCGUCCUCAGCGCCAGGAAGGCCGGGGCAACGGAGGCCUCCCCCACCGCCACCCCCACCGCUGCCGCCACCCCUGCCUCCGCUACCGCCGCCGCCUCUGAAGAAGAGCAGGGACCACAACACAGGCCUGUGUCUCCUUGUGAUGUUCUUCAUGGUUCUGGUGGCCCUGGUUGGAAUGGGGCUGGGGAUAUUUCAGCUCUUCCAUCUACAGAAGGAGUUGGCCGAACUCAGAGAGUCCACCAGUCAAAGGCAUACAGCAUCAUCUUUGGAGAAGCAAAUAGGUCAUCCCAGUCCACCCUCUGAGAAAAAGGAACUGAAAAAAGCGGCUCAUUUAACAGGCAAGUCCAACUCAAGAUCCAUCCCUUUGGAAUGGGAAGACACCUAUGGGAUUGCCCUGGUCUCUGGGGUGAAGUACAAGAAGGGCAGCCUCGUGAUCAAUGAAACUGGGCUGUAUUUUGUGUAUUCCAAAGUGUACUUCCGGGGUCAGUCCUGCACCAACCAGCCCCUGAGCCACAAGGUCUACUCCAGGAACUUUAGGUACCCCCAGGACAUGGUGCUGAUGGAGGGGAAGAUGAUGAACUACUGCACUACUGGCAAGAUGUGGGCCCGCAGCAGCUACCUGGGGGCUGUAUUCAAUCUCACCAGUGCUGACCAUUUAUAUGUCAAUGUAUCUGAACUCUCUCUGGUCAGCUUUGAGGAAUCUAAGACAUUUUUUGGCUUAUAUAAACUCUAAGAAAAGCACUCUGGGAUUCUCUCCAUUACGAUUCCUUGUUACAGGCCCUGAGAAUAUUGUCCUGAAUGAGAGUUUUCUUAAGUCCACUAGAGGUCAUGAGAGAAGACAUGAACCAAGAGGAUCUUGAGACUACAGAGUCCAGCAGGUCUACAGUUCCUUAUCUCACCUAAGGUCCACAAACCAGACAGGAGGACUAUGCGUAAUGAACAUGAAACUCUGGGCUGCCAUGUGGAGAUGCAAAGGCAGGGAAAAGUGACUACCAGUUGCUUGUGCCAACAGCUACACUCAUCUUAAGUGGCCUAGUGCAUUUGGACACAUUGAAAAUGGCACCUUUUAACUCACCUCUUGGGGUGGGUCUACUGUCUACCUCAGGGGAGGCUGUCUUUCAUGUAUAUGGAUGUGACGUAAAUGUAUAAGGGAUGGGAAAAGAGGACCAGGCUUGCAUGAUAAGCUAAAGAGACUGAAAGGCCAGUGUCCCACUGGCAGCAUCUUUAUUUCUAGAUGUACAAUCCGAGCCAUCAGGUGAUGUUAACAGAGAAGCAAAAGAAAUCUUUUGGGAACUCAAUACACUCCCUAUACAGCAUGUAUAUUUCCAGUGCAAUUGUAGGGGUGUGUGUGUGUGUGUGUGAGUGUGAGUGUGAGUAUGUGACUAGAGGGUAACAUAAGUAGAAAGAAUGUGGAAAUUGGGAAGGGCAUGUUAGAAUAUGGGCUGCAUUUGGUGGUAGAUUUUGAAUGCUUUUUGGUAACUAACUCUAAUAGUCUUCAAAGCUCUUUGUCAGUUAUUAAUGUUGUUUUCCCAUAAUAUAACCAUAUUUAUAUGUA